AUGGCUGGCAGCGUGACCCAGCAUGGGGCUUCUCACCCUGGAUACAGUCCCCAUAGUGCCCCGGGACCAGUGCCCACGCAAACCGACUCUAGGGACAAAUGGAGCAAAAAGAUGGAUUUUCUUUUAUCUGUUAUUGGCUUUGCAGUGGAUUUAGGCAAUGUUUGGCGCUUCCCUUAUAUUUGUUAUCAAAACGGCGGAGGAGCUUUCCUGAUUCCCUACAUCCUCAUGGCUAUCUUUGGAGGUGUCCCUCUCUUUUACAUGGAGUUGGCUCUGGGGCAGUUUCACAGAACUGGAGCUAUAUCCAUCUGGAAACACAUCUGUCCCAUUUUCAAAGGUAUUGGCUAUGCCAUAUGUAUAAUUGCCCUGUAUGUGUCCUUCUACUACAACACUAUUAUCGCCUGGGCUCUCUUCUACUUCUACUCCUCUUUCUCCACAACCUUGCCAUGGACACAUUGUGACAAUGUGUGGAAUACCCCUAACUGCACCAACUACUUUGGCCUGAAUAAUGUCACCUGGACCAACUUUUCCCGUUCUCCUGCAGAGGAAUUUUACACGAGAAAUGUUCUGGAAAUCCACGAGUCUGAAGGCCUCAUAAAUGUUGGCGGCAUUCGUUGGCAGCUGAUGCUCUGUCUGUUUCUUAUUUUUACAAUUGUGUACUUCAGCCUGUGGAAAGGAGUGAAAACAUCCGGGAAGGUGGUGUGGGUAACUGCCACCCUGCCCUACAUUGUGCUCUUCAUCCUAUUGAUCCGCGGGGCCACUCUGCCUGGAGCCUGGAGAGGCGUUGUGUUCUAUCUGAAGCCGCAGUGGGAUAAACUGCUUGAGACCAGCGUUUGGGUGGAUGCAGCUGCUCAGAUAUUUUUCUCUUUGGGACCUGGUUUUGGGGUGCUUCUGGCUCUAUCCAGUUACAAUCCUUUUACAAACAACUGUUAUAGAGAUGCCAUUGUGACCAGCUUGGUGAACUGCUUCACAAGCUUUGUGUCAGGUUUUGUCAUCUUUACUGUUUUGGGCUACAUGGCAGAGAUGAGAAAGGUGGAGGUGGAGGAGGUAGCCAAAGAUAAAGGCCCAAGUUUGCUGUUUAUUACCUACCCAGAAGCCAUUGCCAACAUGAUGGGAUCAACAUUUUUUGCCAUCAUCUUUUUUGUGAUGAUGAUAACAUUGGGUCUUGACAGUACAUUUGGUGGGCUGGAGGCUAUCAUUACUGCCGUCUUAGAUGAAUAUCCAGAAUAUUUCUCUCACAGACGGGAGCUUUUUGUGCUGGGAUUAGUAAUCGUCUGUUUUUUGGGCUCCCUUAGUACACUUACAAAUGGUGGGGCCUAUGUAGUUAAACUGCUGGAAGAGUUUGGAGUUGGCUGCUCCAUUAUUGCAAUUGGUUUUCUGGAAGCUAUUGCAGUUUCAUGGUUUUAUGGUAUUCAGAGAUUUAGCAGUGAUGUCGAGGCUAUGCUGGGCACAGCCCCAGGUUUAUUUUGGAAGGUUUGCUGGGUGGCCAUCAGUCCAGCAUUUCUAGCUUACAUUAUAGUGAGUUCUCUGCUAAAACCUCCAUCCCUCACACUUUUCGACUACGUGUACCCGGAUUGGAGUAUCACGGUGGGCUACAUUAUUGGGCUUUCCUCUUUUAUAUGGGUGCCAGUGUACAUGGUCUAUAAGCUCGUGUGGACUCCUGGGUCACUCAAACAGAGAUUGGCUGUGUGCUUGAGACCAGAGCGGACCAUCCCAGACAUUCACACAGACAACCUGCACAUGGUCAAUGUGCCAUAG